GUGAUCUGAUGAAUGGUCCUAGAACACCUCCUUUUUAUUUUUUUAUUCUCUUGCUUGGUGUAACCAGCACAAUUGUUUAAAAUAUCAUCUAUGAGUUAAUGCCUUUUAAGAGUAGGCAGCCAGUCCUAAUUUCUUUGAAUCUCAAACUCAAUUUUCAACUGCUUAUUUGGCAUCUGCAAUUGGAUGUCCAAGAAAUGUUUCAAGCUUAGUAUGUACAAAUCAAAGCAAAGUUAAAGGUAAAAAACUCUUUGAUUCCCAUUUCACUUCUUCCAAUCCAAGCCUCUUCUUUUUCCAGCUAUCUUCUUAGUAAACGUCACUGUCUUGAUUCCUAUUUUCUCCAUAACCAAUCCAUAAAGAAAAUUUUUUUGUCAACUUCUAAAGUGUUUCAAUUCCAUUUUUAUCCAUUUCCACUCUUAGUGUACCUUCUCUUAGCUUUCUCCUGGGUCACCAUGUUAAACUCCUAAAUGGUCUCCCUGCUUCUGCUUCUGCCCCUUGCAGUCUCUCUGGCCAUCAUUUACUUUCCUGUUGAGUUGGUGCUGACAACUGUGGGCAAGGGAGCUGGGCCAAUAAUAGGCUAUUUCCAGAGAAGGCCAAGUUUCUUUGGGCAUCUUCCAUCUUUUAAAGAAAUGCAGCUCACCCAUACAAAGACAUUCCAGAAUCCAUCUACCUUGUCUUCCACACCAGGAUCAUUCAGAUUGUUUCUCAUCUACUUCUAAUUCUUGACUCUCUGGUUUCUUGAGUUUCUUUGCUUUGAACCUGUUCCUUCCAUGGCUGUUAAUGUUGGCUUGGUCUGUUGAUUUAGUCUGAACUCUCUUACAUGGUUUCUGCCUUGUCAGUUCUUGAGGACCUGACUUCUGGGCCCUUUCUCUGCCCUGUAACUUCUCUGUUUUCUAUUCCAUAUCGAGGGAAGGGGCUGCACAUGCAUGUUUUACAGUUGAAGGAAGAAGCCCAUUUUAACUAGAGAAGUCAUGUCAUAUGAUCCUUACUGAAGCCCACAGCAAAUAGCAAACAAAAUGUGGAGCAGUGUUUAUAUCCCUGAACUGUCUAGCAAGGAAAUGGGCUACUUCCUGAGCAUGAGCCCCACCGUCGGGACUCACUCACUGAAAGAUUUUUGUGGUGAUUUCCAACUUAAGAGGUGGGGCCACUGAAAUGCCUUGUUGAGAGUAUUUCUGAUCCUUAGGGUAUGACACCAUAAAUGACAGACAUGUGCUUUGUAUAUCAGAGAGGGAAAUUUGUGAGCAACUAGAUUGUUCAGUAGCUCUUUGGAAGAACCCUCUUUUGACACUUAACUUACUUGAUGGCUAUUAUUUCAACUUGAUGGCUGUUUUUCUUCGGCACCCAGUGUGUGCCAGAUCCAUGCUAGGCACUGGGGAUGCCAUUCUUGUUCCAGGAAGAGGAUAGUGAGAUCUUCUGGCUAUCAUCUCUCAAGGCCUCCUUCCAACCUCAUGGAACUUGGCAGGGAGUCAGUAUCUUGACUGGAUUAUUCCAUGGCAUGAAACUCAAUGGAAUGUCAGGGCCUAGAAAUUUUAUUUCAGAACAAGGUUUGGAGGUAUGUCCUGGUCAGAAUAACCACAUAAGUGGGUCAUGGCCUUACUUUCUUCGGCCAGCAGAAGACCAUUUGUCCAGAAGAUUAUAGGAAACAAAUUAGGAGACCACUCUGUCCCUUAACUGUUAGGUUUUUAGAAUUAUGUAUCUGAAAAUGCUGGAGAAGAGGCACCAUAACAAAUGGGACUGUGUUCACUGGAGUAAUGGGGCUCAGUUGGCUGGGGUGGUGUCAGUGCAGUAGAGAAGAAUGGGCUAGGUAAAUUGUCCAGGACAAGAUAAGCUGGGGGAAAUGUUGUCCUCCAGUGUCAGAAUAAAUAGUCUCAGGCUGAGGAGACAGGUGUAACUGUGGGUCUCAAGGACAGAGAGGUGGGAAGGGGAUUCAAAGAUGAUAGGUUUUGGCUUCAAAAAUGUUCGAGCUGCCCCAAGCUGGUAUGUUUCACUAUUGAUUCAUUUAUUUAUUUUUAUUUUGUUUAUUUAUUUUCAUGUUGUGCUGAAGAUUGAACCCAGUGCCUCACAUGUGCGAGGCAAGAGCUUUGCUGCUGAGCCACAACCCCAGCCCCUAUUGAUUCAUUUAUUAAACAGAUAUUUAUUAUGUAUUUUGUAUACUACAUUUGGCUUUAUAUCUGAAGGAACAAAAAUAAAAUAAAACAAAGUUUCUUGUAUUCAAGUUACAAAGAGUAUGGAGGUUGCCUGAGAGGUGAUGAGUAACCCUCACUGGGAGUAUCGAAGCAGAAACUAGACAAGGGAGGGAACAAGGUGGGACAUAAAAGCAGUGAAUGAUUCAGAUGGUGGUGGUGGUGGUGGUGGGAGUUGGCUAGGAAGGCUUGAAUGAGCUUCCCCUGACCCCCACCCCCCAGAGAGCCAGUGUUCUGGUCAGGGAAUGGGGUGGUUUGAAAUUACAGCAUCUUGGGGCUAGAUAGGAAUGCUAAAGAGAGAGGGUUGGGUUGGGAGAAGCACAAGGGCCUGAUUAUUGGGUGGGUUUGGGCUUAAGUCCCCAAAUCUGUCAGUGCUGAGGAUCACAGCAGACUUUGAAGACCCCGGUAGACAGAGGAGAUCAGAAAUGACUGCUCAGGCAGGAAGGACCAGAGCUUAGAAAGACCACAGUCAGAGCCCAGGGAUCAGGUGGACAGGGGAGGGGGAUGGGCAGGGAGGGUUCUCUCUAAUCUAUUUAGCAGAUUCCUUAGCUUUGGUUUACUAGCACCCCUGCUGUCUCUCCUGCUCCUGCCACCCUUGCUUCUGUCUCAGGGUCUCCAGGAUGAGUGUCAGUAUCUCCUUCAACCGCAGCUGAUUGUCCGGCGUUUGCUGGACGUGGCUGUACUGGUUCCUGGCCGACCCUCAGAGCAAACCCUUUUUCCACACAAUCGCUCAGCUCUGUACAAAGUGCCCACAGCCCAGUCUGUCCCGUGCCCUGGUCCCUGGAGCUGCUAUGAAUAUGCCUCAAUCACUGGGCAACCAACCACUUCCUCCAGAGCCACCAUCCCUGAGGACUCCUGCAGAGGGGCCUGAGGCCACAUCUCCACCUGAGCACUGCUGGCCAGUGCGCCCGACUCUGCGCAAUGAGCUGGACACCUUCUCUGUCCACUUCUACAUCUUCUUUGGACCCAGUGUGGCUCUUCCACCUGAGCGCCCAGCUGUGUUUGCCCUGAGGCUAUUGCCAGUUCUGGACAGUGGAGGUGUCCUCAGCCUGGAGCUCCAGCUCAAUGCGAGCUCUGUGCGCCAAGAAAAUGUGACAGUGUUCGGAUGCCUGACUCAUGAGGUGCCUUUGAGCCUGGGGGAUGCUGCAGUGACCUGUUCCAAAGAAUCCCUGGCUGGCUUCCUGCUCUCAGUCAGUGCCACCUCCAGAAUGGCCAGGCUACGUAUCCCAUUUCCACAGACAGGGACCUGGUUCUUGACUCUCCGCUCCUUGUGUGGUGUAGGGUCUCGGUUUGUGCGGUGUCACAACGCAACUGCUGAAGUGCGGCUGCGCACUUUCCUGUCCCCGUGUGUGGAUGAUUGUGGACCCUACGGCCAGUGCAAGCUGUUGCGUACACACAAUUACCUAUAUGCAGCCUGCGAGUGCAAGGCUGGGUGGCGGGGCUGGGGCUGUACCGACAGUGCCGAUGCACUCACCUAUGGAUUCCAGCUGCUGUCCACGCUUCUACUCUGCCUAAGCAACCUCAUGUUUUUGCCACCUGUGAUCCUGGCCAUUCGGAGCCGGUAUGUGCUAGAAGCUGCCGUCUACACCUUCACCAUGUUCUUCUCAACGUUCUAUCAUGCCUGUGACCAGCCAGGCAUUGUGGUUUUCUGCAUCAUGGACUACGAUGUGCUACAGUUCUGUGAUUUCCUGGGCUCCCUAAUGUCUGUGUGGGUCACUGUCAUUGCCAUGGCUCGGUUACAGCCCGUGGUAAAGCAGGUGCUGUAUUUACUGGGGGCUAUGCUGCUGUCCAUGGCUCUGCAGCUUGACCGACAUGGACUCUGGAACCUGCUUGGACCCAGUCUCUUCGCUCUGGGAAUCUUGGCCACAGCCUGGUACGCAGCGUCCGCCGCCGGCACUGCUACCCACCCACGUGGCGCCGCUGGCUUUUCUACUUGUGCCCAGGCAGCCUUAUUGCAGGCAGUGCUGUCCUCCUGUAUGCUUUUGUGGAGACCCGGGACAACUACUUCUACAUUCAUAGCAUUUGGCAUAUGCUUAUCGCUGGCAGCGUGGGUUUCUUACUGCCUCCUCGUGCCAAGACUGACCACCGGGUCCCGUCUGGAGCCCGGGCCAGGGGCUGUGGAUACCAACUGUGCAUCAAUGAGCAGGAGGAGCUGGGCCUUGUGGGCUCAGGAGGGACCACUGUCAGCAGCAUCUGUGCCAGCUGAGUGGGGCUUUAGGCCAGGCCCCUGAGGUUAUGAACCCUUCCUAGGGAUUUUCCUGGGAAUGUGGAGCCCUCCUGGUGCCAAGAGAUUGUUGUAUUUCUUGAGGACAUGGAGCAUUUCUCAAGGACAUCAAACUCUUCCAGGGACCUGGAGCCCUUCCAAGGACAUGGGGAACUUUCUGAGGGCUUGGAGUUCUUCUGCAACCAUGGAGUCCUUCUUAAGGACUGGAGCUAUGCAGGGCAGAGAGCCCCCUCAGGACCAAGGAGUCCCUCCUAGGGGCAUAGAGCCCCUAGGAUAUGGAGCCCUCCUAUAUAGACACUAGGGAGACACUGCUCUGUUAGGAAUGUGGCAUUGUUCCAGAGGAAAUGGAGUCCAUCUUGGGGAAACUGAAUCUUAAGAUUUUCCCAGAGACUCAGCAACUCUGGCCUCAGGCUUCCUUCCCAGAAGCAGCAUCUGGGCCUGUGCUGUGCUGGAAAGGGAGGAUUGUAGGACAGACGUAACUGGAACUGGGGCUGGGUGGCUGACGUCCUGAAUUGAUGCAGGUGGGAUCUGGAGUGUCUCCAAUGAAGUAUGUGCUGGUUCUGUGCUGCCUUUUUCCCCUGGGCUCAGGGAGUGGGGAGAAGAGGAGGAGAGGGUCCCUGAGGUAAUAGAAGGGGUGACAGGACCCCAGCCUACAGGAGCUGCUGGGAGCCUACUGUCUGAGGCUUCUGCCCUAUCAUGUACACUCCUGCAUCCCUCUCAUCUGGUCCCUGUGUUCAUUUCUAAACAGUUCCUGGUGCCUACUUUUCAAUUCCUGUGGGACCUAGACUGCAGUAAUUAAGAGGGGUGUGUGUGUGUGUGUGUGUGUGUGUGUGUGUGUGUGUGUUGGUCACAUAUAAGCAUGCACGUGUUUGUGUAUGCUGAGAUGCUUGAAUCAGUGAGACAGACCUCCUUCAUGAUAAGCCCACACUCACAGGAAGGAAGCUGAGGUGCCAGGAAAUUAAGUGACAGGUACAAAGUUCAGCUGUGCAAGAAAUAUCACAAGAAUGUCACUUCUAUUUUGAGCCUCCAUUUUUUUCUGAGUACCAGAAACAAUCUUUUGUUAAUUAGGAUUUAAUAAUUUUCAUCAGGGUCAUAGCUGAGUUCUGAGGGUUUUACAAAAUGCCAAGAUAUUGAUGUUGAAAGGAGCAUUCUCUCUGGCCUCCAGAGAGAAUGGCCUCACCCAUCCACUGAGACUUCCAUCAUCCCAUUUGGUUCCCAGUUAGCAUUCCAGGUAAGUCAUCUGGAUGAGGGAGAGAUCUUGUUCCUAUCUAUAUAACCCUUCUGGUUUGAAGGUCUGUGCCACAUGCAAAGACCUACAAGAUUGUCUAAGGCCUUUGUUAUGUGGACACCAUGAAGCCAUUUCUACUGUGGGGUCCUUUUCUGAGUUUCUCUUGACAAACAAGGCAUAAGUUGCUCUUUUAAAUCCUACAGACCCACGCAGGGGCUUGGCUCAGGGCCCCUCCCUUUGGGAUCUUUUUGUGGCAGUGAUAUCACUUCAUUUCCUCUUCCUUUCUCUUCCUCCAUUUGUUAAUCUUAAGGAGAGGAUGGGGGAAGCCUUAUUGUUACUUGCCAUGUUUUCUCCCAAAUCUUUUAUCUGUGCCUUAAGUUUUUUUCUGUUCCCUUUAGGGACUAAGCUUUUGAUCCUCAAAUGCCAGGAAAAUCUCCCUUUAUCCUCUCCUCCUACAAUCGCAUCUCUUCCUUGGAGUUACUUAGUAGAGAAUGAUGUGGCCAAAUGAAUUGUGAGAAUGAAGAUAUAUGACCUUGGUGUCUGUUCUUACAUCAGAAAUUUUAUUUUCUUUCAAUACUCAUUUGGAUAGAGCCAUGUUACUAAGAUGCUUGAACCCAAUUAGCUGGGAUUCAGGAUAGAGUUAGUGGAAUCCAGAAGACACUGGAAUAGGCAACCGAGCUAGGACACACCUCACUCUGCUAGGAUGGGUUGGAAGGGGCUUCUGGAAAUGAGGGGCUUGAAUGAGGAUUAAAUGAAUUUCUAUAAUGCCAAGAUGUUGGGAGAGUGUUCUCUGAGGUCGCCAAGUCCAUGUUAUAUCCCUUCCACGAGAUUCUUAUCAUUCCAUCUGGUUCCCUUUCAGUAAAAAACUUAGAACAAAGCAUAUUCCCUAGGCUAGUGUGUGACGUGUAUCCAGUAUAUGCUAGUCAAAGGCCGUGGAGUAUUGGGAUGUGGGGGGAGACUGAGGGUGAGACACAGGCAGGAAGGAAAGAUAUUUACUCAGAAAACUGAAGAGUGCAGUGUGUAUGGGCCAUGUUUGUUUGUGUAUGCCUAGGUGCAUUUGUGCGUGAGUGUAGUGGGGUGUUGUUGGAAUGAAGCCAGUGAUGUAGUUGGACAGGUAGGUGGGUUCUGGUCUUUGCUCAAUAGGAAAUGAGGAACUGGCUGGUGCAGGGGACAGGUUUUAGGGAGAGUUUGGAAGAUGAGAGUGCAGUUAUACAACUGUUGCACUAUUUGAGAGAGAAAUAGUAAAAACUUUAUGUGGCAUCAGUAGAAAGGAGGGGACCACUUUAAGAGCUCUUAGGAGAUAGAUGGUGCAGGACUUAAUAACUGAUUGAACAUGUAGGUGGUGAGGUGUGAGAGAAAGUCUAGGAUAACCACUAUGUUUCUUACUUGGGGUGAUGGUGUCACUGAGAUGGUCCCACCACUUGAGGUUGAAAAUGAUUUAAUUUUGGACAUUUUGAGUUUGAGGUGCCUAUAGGUUCAUGGGGGGAGGGGAUUAGCAAUAAAACCAGGCUGGGUAUAGCACUCAAACCAGGCCUAGAGCCCUUGUCUCUCCCCUAGCUUGUCUUAUUGGUGACAGGCCAAGAACCAGACCAGCCCUGCCUUCUAUAAGGAUGGGGCUGUGGUCAGCUGUGUUAGUGCUCAUUUCACAUAUCUUUACACAGCCACACUCUUAAUUCCUGACCACUGGCAACUGCCUGUAGCACAUUCAGCACCACAGAGCUCAAGCCCCAAUGGUGAGCUGCUGGGUGAACAUUUAGUUCAGAAAAACUGCUCCUGGGAAAGCCCUGAGGGCUAUAGAAAUAGGUAAGAUAUGCUGACUUCCAGUCCUGAGGGAACUCAAAUGGUGGUGAAAUCGCACAAAAGAAAGGAUGAAGUACCAAGGGAAAGGUGCCAUAGGAUGUAAAGAGGACAGUCUCAAAGUGCAUCAGAGAAGAUUGCAUGAAAGAGAUGGUGUCUGAGCUGGCUUUGAAAUCUCAUCCCAGGGUGACUGAGAACAGCAGGAGCAAAGACCUGGAGGUGGAGAAAGCGCAGAGGAUGUAGUAAGGGGCCAGCCUGUGUGGAGGGGGAGAGGAAAUCAGGCCAAAGAAGCAGAUGUAGCCAGAUUCUGGGGAACUUGAAGACUAAGCAAAAGAAUUUGAACUUAAUGCUGUGGUGAUGGGGAACCAUGAAAGAUUGUUGAUCACAAGAGUGAUAAAUCAAUUGGGAUUUCACAUUAAAUGGCAAAACCACUA